AUGUCUGACCCAGAAUCAAAGUCACCAGUAAUUCCAUCCUGGCAGAAACAAGCAGGGUCAGAGCCUGCCGAACAAUCUCCGUUGUCAUCAUCGCCGAACUCCGAGGAAACACCCGCGCCUGUGGCAAGGCAAGAGCUUCUUGACCAAGCGUCCAAGUUCCUCGAGGAUGACUCGAUACGUGAUGCCCCAACUGAUCGGAAGAUCAGUUUCCUCGAGUCAAAAGGUUUAACAUCUGCGGAAAUUCAACAACUUCUCGGCGUGUCCCGCAAUCUGGAUGGGAGCGAUUCGAGAGGAGCCGAUCCUCAACCGGGCGCACAAGCACCGCCGAAAUCUUCACCUUCACCAACUACUCAAAGCGAAAUAUCCUCCAUAUCGACCCCUACUAGCACGCAGACAGCCGUUGCUUCUACUGCUCCCCCUUCGAUAGCCCGCGAUGUACCCCCGAUCAUCACCUAUCCUGAAUUUCUGUUCCAACCAGCCAAACCACCGCCCCUCGUCACCAUGAGCCGGGUCCUCUACACAAUUUAUGGGGCUACUGGCCUCGGCGCCAGUAUCUAUGGAGCCAGUGAAUACCUCGUCAAACCGAUGCUCAAGAAUCUCACCGAGGCAAGACUUGAUCUUUCCAACACCGCCAAGAAGAAUCUUCAAAAGCUCAACGAGAAGCUUGAACAAACAGUCUCUGUUGUUCCUGCGCAUUUGAAAGUGCAGAAGCUUCUGGGUCAGCAGGAUAUGGAUGACAACGAUUCCAUAGCCUCAGAUCCGACAGAGUUAUUUCAUCGAGACAUGGGCACCCAAACAACGCCCGAUGUGUCAAGCGGAUCCAUUUCCCCAUCAGUCAAAGAUACUGCAGACGGAGCUGCAAAUCCAGCCACCUUGGCCGUCAACAAGCAUAUCAGCCGCCUUGAAUCAAUUCAAUCUUCCCUGAAGGAAAUCAACAAAUUCGACGGAGAGUCCGGCAGCUUGGAGGACUCGAUGCGCGCUCGUCUCACAGACCUGUCUCACUACCUGGAUGGCUUGAUAUAUGCGGGGCCAACUUACACCACCUCACCGGGAUUCGGUGGGUUGUACUCGGGGCACACUGGAAACACAUCGUCGGGUAGUUCAGGCGUGCGAAAGUCCGAGGAAGACGCUAUUGCGGCGUUCAAGACCGAGAUUCGGGGGGUCAAAGGGGCGCUGCUGAGCGCGAGGAAUUUCCCGGCUAGCCGCGGUGGCAGGGUUGGGACUGCUUUGUCAGUUGGUGGCAGGUCAUGA